AUUCUUUCCGCGUUUAUGUUGAAGUAGAUGAAGUCCUACGGAUAAUCUUAGGACAUUCCGCGAAAAAUACUUUAUUGAGGCGGUUUUGAAUGCGGGUGAGAAAGAGAACAUAGGUAGAAGUUAGAAAGUUACAUUUCUCUCACUCUCACUAUCUCGUUUUCACAAUUUUCUCUUGUUUUUCGCGAUUUUCUAAUGCAGUUUAACCAGGCAUCGUUUUCUAUUCUGGAAAACUUUAUUUUCCGCUUGAAGAAAUUCUAUAAAAAUUCGAAUACUUCUGAUAGAUCUUUUUGUUUAAAUUUUGGCGCCAUUUUGAAAUGUGUAUCAAUUUGGGAACAUCGCAUAUCAGGAACGAACUCAGGGAAUGAUUUUUGGAGCUAAAGUGUUUUCUCUCGUAUCUAAAUAUUUUUUUCCACUUUCUUUAACACAAGUAUUAAUUAUUUUUUACUAUUUCAACAAAUUUACUAAUUUUUAACCGAACUGGAGCUUUUUUUACGUUUUAUUUGACAUUUUAGCAUGCUAAUCAGAAACGAUCCCCCGUUGAACUUUAAUUCUAAGUACGCCCCUGCUGCAUUUCUUCUGACAACACCUGAAGCCGAAAACGUCUGACGUGGUUUGUGAACAUCUUGAAAAAGGAAAAUAGUAGACAAAAUCCUGCUAAAAUGCAUACAGUUCUCACUCGAGGAAAUUCCAUAUUAGCCUACUCGCUGAGUGUUCUAGCUUGCUUAACGUUCUGCUGCUUCUUAUCAACAGUUUUCCUUGAUUAUCGCACAACAGCCGUAAUCAAUGCUAACAAAGUCAUCGUGAAAAAUGUUCCAGACUACAGCUCAUCCCGGGAAAUUCGUGAUUUGGGACAUCUCACCUUUGACCUGCACACAGAUCUCACAAAUCUCUUUAAUUGGAAUGUAAAGCAGUUAUUCCUCUACCUGACUGCUGAGUACAAGACACCGGAGAAUGAGCUCAAUCAGGUGGUUCUCUGGGAUAAGAUUAUUCUACGUGGAGAAAAUGCUGUGUUGGAUUUCUCCAAUAUGCACACCAAAUAUUACUUCUGGGACGAUGGGAAUGGCCUAAAGGGUCAUCAAAAUGUUACAUUGAGCCUUUCGUGGAACAUUAUCCCAAAUGCAGGUCUACUUCCCAGUAUUUUUGCCAUUGGACAGCAUUCAUUUAAAUUCCCUCAAACAUACACAAUGUCACCUGUUUAGAUUUUUUGUGUGGAAAGAAAAAUGUUGUAAUGCUCCUGUAGUUGAUGCUACAGUGUGCAAAUUACAUAAAUAUAAAAAAAAUAUAUUGAGGGCUAAAUUGUAAAAACGGCUAAGUCUGAGGAUUUGCGAGAGAGGACGGGUUUUUUGCUGGAUUUGUGGUCACUUCUCAUUGGUAAUGAACAACAAGAUUUCACAUCC